UGUUCAGUUUCUGAAUUUAGUUACAACCUCAGAAAACAAACAACCUUAUUCUCAAACCAAACUGCAUUAUUCUCAAAGGUUUCUUCAUUUUCAUUCUUCACUAGUGAAGCUGCACCUGAAGUAGUGGAAGGAAGAAAGUUUCCCUGUUCUUGAGAUGACUGGUGUUCUUGUUUGGGUGAGUUGUGGGCCCAAAGAGAACAUCAACUCCUUGGUGAGCUUUGCAGGGAGGAGUAGCAGUGGUGAAAGAAACCAAAGAAGGUUCUCAGGACUCAGCUUUGCCAGUGGGGUUUCUGCUUUUUCCAGUGCAGUGGCAGCUGACACUUCAAGAUCGUCGGAGGAGAGGGUCUAUGAUGUCGUGCUGAAGCAAGCAGCUCUUGUGAAAGAGAACAAAAGGGGUGCAAACAUUGGUUUAGAUUUCGACAAAGAUGUUGUAGCUGAUUUCACCAAUGGGGAUCUGUUGAAUAUGGCUUAUGCUCGGUGUGGUGAAGUCUGUGCUGAGUAUGCCAAGACAUUUUACUUAGGCACACAAUUGAUGACUGCAGAGCGACGAAAAGCCAUUUGGGCAAUUUAUGGUAUCUGUAAUCAGAUUAGAUUACAUUUCUUACUGCUACUUUCAGGUUCUCCACUGAGAUUUGUUUUGGAUUUGACAACCUCAUUGUUUGUUACAGUUUGGUGCAGAAGAACUGAUGAACUGGUUGAUGGGCCAAACUCUUCACACAUCACCCCUGGUGCCUUGGACAGGUGGGAGCAACGAUUAACUGAUGUUUUUGAAGGUCGACCCUAUGAUAUGUAUGAUGCUGCUCUCUCACAUACUGUCUCAAAGUACCCAGUUGAUAUUCAGCCCUUUAAGGACAUGAUCGAAGGAAUGAGGAUGGACCUUAAGAAGUCAAGAUACGAAAACUUUGAUGAACUGUACCUUUACUGCUACUAUGUUGCUGGAACAGUAGGCCUUAUGAGUGUGCCAGUAAUGGGGAUAGCACCAGAUUCAAAGGCUUCAACAGAGUGCAUUUAUAAUGCUGCAUUGGCUCUAGGCAUUGCAAAUCAACUCACCAACAUACUCAGAGAUGUGGGAGAAGAUGCCAGAAGAGGAAGAGUAUAUCUGCCACAAGAUGAAUUGGCAAAAGCUGGGCUUUCAGAUGAUGACAUUUUCCGGGGUAAAGUUACAGAGAAAUGGAGGAAAUUCAUGAAGGGACAGAUAAAGAGGGCAAGGAUGUUUUUUGAUGAGGCAGAGAAAGGAGUUGCAGAGCUAAACUCUGCUAGCAGGUGGCCAGUGUGGGCAUCACUGUUGUUGUAUAGGCAAAUAUUAGAUUCUAUUGAAGCCAAUGACUAUAAUAACUUCACAAAAAGGGCUUAUGUAGGAAAAGUCAAGAAGCUCUUGUCACUUCCUGCUGCCUAUGGUCUUUCACUUCUAGGCCCUUAGAACUUCACCAAAAUGGUUAAGAGAAAAUAAAUAGCUGUUACAAUUUGUGAUUACCUAGUUAGAAUUGUAUACAUCUGAAUUCAACAACACUUGCAAUCCAUUCAUUUAAUCAA